AACACAUCUAAUCUCUCCACAUCAUUACUCGUGAAAUCAUCGGGAGACGAUACCUCUAGGAAAACUGCACGUAUCCUGAAGACAAAGAAGAUGAAAAGUGAGGAAUUACGCCAACGACACGAGUGGCUUCAUAUAAGAGAUGACUCCAGGAAUAUCAUCAUCACCACCAGCAUCAUCCUCAGAGGAAGCUGAACAAGCUCCUCCUUUCUCCUUGCUUCUUCACUGCCACUCUUCUCCCAGACUCACGCCAGACGAGUGUCUUGUUCACCCAGGUGUUAGGAUUGACGUGAACGAGACAGACAUACUUUGAACAUCACUGCCAACACUUACAUUCCUGGUGUAUUAUCGUCAGUCUCUUGAAAGCCCGAGGAUUCCUCUUCAGAGCUCCACUCGUCACUGUACUGGCAUCUCAAGAAAAUAAAAACAUUUGGAUUUCUCUCUGAGUUCCGAGAAACUAAGUAAGGAUACGAGAGUAACAAGCAGAGAGGAUAACACUGUGUCUCCAAGUGUCUCAAGAGAUGGUUAAACACGCAAAUCAGUCUUGCUCUGCGCUGAGGCCGUGGCUGAUAGUGAUGGUGGUGGGUCUUCUUGUUCACCAGACAACGCCAACGUUAACGGACGACUGUCCUGGAGCCAUGGGCAACAGACAUAUACACACCAUGUUGUUGAGAGUAUGUGGAGACUGCUAUAAUGUCCUCAGAGAUCCUGAAAUAGAGGUUGACUGCAGGAGCGGCUGCUUCACCAGUGACACAUUCAAGUCGUGUCUGGAGCUUAUUGAACGUGGGGAUGAGUUCUUUGAUUUCAUGAGAAGGGUUGGCAUUCUCAACGCUGGAGGCAAGUGAUGAGAUCCAUGCCGUUUGCUACCGUUGUACCGUUGGUCUGAAACUCUUCUCACAAGCAUCACACAUCCCGUUUCACGGACACCCGUCGGUUGACCAUAAAUCACUCUGCAACAGACAUGUGUUUAUGACCGUGCCAAUUCUUCUGCACUCACUCUUCAUCUAAGCUGUAUCUUUGUGAAAGAUCCUCUCACAAAGACUUAAAUAUAUAGGAACCAAUUGGAAAUACCGUAAAUAAGAGUUCCAAACUACCCCUCAAUUUGGAGAGGAAAUGAUACAACAUUUCUAGGUGAACCUAAUAGUAACUAUCUCUAUAACCACUUCCUAGUAGUUAGAGGAAUAGUGCUUAUGUUGAUAGUAUCAUUGUUAAUCCCAGUUGCUUGAGGAUACCUUCUCUUCAGAUUUUAUCAUAACCAUCAACUACUUAUGAAAAGAUUUUUCAAGUAUCCUUUUAAUACCGCUUCUUACAUUCUUUAAAUAAUUGCUUAUUUUUCUCUGUUAUUGCCCCAAAAAUAUCGCAGUCCACUCGCACUUCUAUUGUUUCUUUUUAAUGCGCAAAUCGAUAAUUAUCAUAUUUACACUUGUAUUUAUAUUUCUUAUCCAUAUCAAAUUCAUAGUUCAUCAACAUAUUAAAAUUACCAAC